AUGGCAGCCAAAGCUUUGCCUACUCACCUCAGAGCUCCCGCCAACGAGGCCUCCGGCGAUGGCUCGUUCGGAAAGCACCACGCAAAAUCCCAGUCUCACAUGGCCUUCGAGAAUGCCUCCACCAGUGUCGCUGCUUCUCAGAUGCGUAACGCUCUGAAUGCCCUCGCCGAGACCGUUCCCGACCCCGAAGAGAAGAAGCGCUUCGAGGCCGAGAUGGACAACUUCUUCGCUCUCUUCCGCAGAUUCCUCAACGACAAGGCCAAGGGCAAUGUCGUCAACUGGGACCGCAUCAACCCUCCUGCGCCUAACCAGGUCGUCGACUACAAUGACCUGGGCGCCGAGGCCUCGGUGGAAUUCCUGAACAAGCUGGCCGUCGUAAAGCUCAACGGUGGUCUUGGUACCUCCAUGGGUUGCGUUGGCCCCAAGUCCGUCAUUGAAGUCCGUGAGGGCAUGUCCUUCUUGGAUUUGUCCGUUCGUCAGAUUGAGCACCUGAACCGCACCUACAACGUUAACGUGCCCUUUGUUCUGAUGAACUCGUUCAACACCGACCAGGACACCCAGUCCAUCAUCAAGAAGUACCAAGGCCACAACGUCGACAUCAUCACCUUCAACCAGUCCCGCUACCCUCGUAUCAUCAAGGACUCUCUCCUCCCCGCCCCCAAGAGCUUUGACGCUCCUCUGCAGGACUGGUACCCUCCCGGUCAUGGUGACGUUUUCGAGUCGCUGUACAACUCAGGCACUCUGGACAAGCUGCUCGAGCGUGGUGUCGAGUACAUCUUCCUCUCCAAUGCCGACAACCUCGGUGCCGUUGUGGAUCUCCGCAUCUUGCAGCACAUGGCUGACACUGAUGCCGAGUACAUCAUGGAGUUGACCGACAAGACCAAGGCCGACGUCAAGGGUGGUACCAUCAUUGACUACGAGGGCAAGGCCCGUCUGCUCGAAAUCGCCCAGGUGCCCAAGGAGCACGUCAACGAGUUCAAGUCCAUCAAGAAGUUCAAGUACUUCAACACCAACAACAUCUGGAUGAACCUCCGCGCCAUCAAGCGUGUUGUUGAGGAGAACGAGUUGGAGAUGGAAAUCAUUGCCAACGAGAAGUCCAUCCCCGCCGACAAGAAGGGCGAGGCCGACCAGGCCAUCUACCAGCUGGAGACUGCCGUCGGUGCGGCCAUCCGCCACUUCAAGAACGCUCACGGUGUGAACGUUCCCCGUCGCCGUUUCCUGCCCGUCAAGACUUGCUCCGAUCUCUUGCUGGUCAAGUCGGAUCUCUACCGUCUCGAGCACGGUCAGCUCGUCAUGGACCCCAACCGUUUCGGCGGUGUCCCCGUCAUCAAGCUUGGAUCAGACUUCAAGAAGGUGUCGGAUUUCCAGAAGCGCAUCCCCAGCAUUCCUCGCAUCGUCGAGCUGGACCACCUCACAAUUACCGGUGCUGUCAACCUCGGCCGCAAUGUCACCCUGAAGGGUACCGUUAUCAUCGUCGCCACCGAGGGCAGCACGAUCGACAUUCCCCCUGGCUCGGUGCUGGAGAACUGUGUGGUCCAGGGAAGCUUGAGAAUCCUGGAGCACUAA